AUGGAGCUGGCGCAAGCGCCCGCAGACCUGGCCCAGCUGCAGGCGGAGGUGGGGCGCCUGGCGGCCGAGCUGCAGGAGGCAACGCAGGAGAAGGUCCAGGCCGCCCAGUACGGGCUGGCGGUGCUGGAGGAGAACGGGGAGCUCAAGCAGCGCUGCGGGGAGCUGGAGGGGCAGUUGGACAGGCUGAGCUCAGAGCUGACCCAAAUGAAGGAGGCCCUGGCUGAGUGCCACAGCAGCCACAAGCGGGCAGCGGUGGCCGGGGAGAACCGGGAGGAGAGCCUGGUGCGCGAGGCUGCGGCCAAGGAGGCCCAGCUGGCAGCCCGCCUCGAGGAGCAGCAGGGGGAGCUGAGGCAGCUGCGGUGCCAGCUGACCAACGCCGGUGCCGAGAGCGAGCGGCUGAGCGCCGCCCUGCAGGACCUGCGCCGGGAGUGCCAGGCCCUAGACGCAGAGAAGGCCCAGCUGCGGGAGGAGCUGAAGCAGCACAAGAGCCGGGAGCUGCGGCAGCUGCAGGACUGCGCCGAGCUGGAGGAGGAGAACAUCUCCCUGCAGAAGCAGGUGUCCGUGCUCAAGGGCAACCAGGUGGAGUUCGAGGCCUUGAAGCACGAGCUGCGGCGUCGGGAGGAGGAGGCGGCGCUGGCCGGAGCCCAGCUGGAGGAGCUGGGGCGGCUGCGGGAGCUGGCGGAGCGGCAGCUGGAGGAGGCGCUGGAGACGCUGGCGGUGGAGCGGGAGCAGCAGCGGGAGCUGCGGCGGGAGCUGGUGGCCUGCACCGGGGGCCGUCCCAGCUCGCUGGGCAGCCUGCGGGCCGGCCUGGAGGAGCUGAGCCAGGAUGAGGAGCUGGACAGCGGCUUCGCCAAUGGCAGCGCCAGCAUGGGGGACUUUGGGGAGCAGGGGUCCACCCCCCGCGCCUGCCCUGCGCCUGGCCUCGUCGCCGACCUCUUCAGUGAGCUCAGCCUGGCAGAGGUGCACAAGCUGCGGCAGCAGCUGCUCCAGGUGGACCGGGAGAAAAUCUCCCUGGCGGCUGACGUGCAGGAGGCCCGGCGGCAGCUGGACAGCGCCAGGGAGGCCUUGACGGAGCAGCAGCAGCGCAAUGGCCUCCUCCUGGAGCAGCUCAAGGCCAGGCCGGCGUCCCCGGAGCCCCAGCCCUGGCAGGACCUGGUGGCGCAGCUGGAGGGGCAGCUGCGGGCCUCCCGGAAGCUGGCAGGGGAGCUGCAGGCCCGGCUGGCCCAGGCCCAGGAGGAGCUGCUGGGGCUGACGGAGGAACUGGCCACCCUCUACCACCAGGUCUGCGCUUGGCGUGGCCUGACGCCGCAGCGGGUGGUGCUGGAUUAUUACCGGGACGGGCGCGGCACCAGGAGGCCGGCGGGCAGGAGGGAGCCGGCGGGCAAGCCCCGUCUCCAGCCGGAGCCAGGGGCAGGGCCCUGCGUGGACCAGUCGCCCCCCGGCUCACCCGGGGAGCCCCUCAACGUCUCCAACCUGGCGGUGGUGCUGCGGGAGCAGCUGGGGCACCUGCAGGGGGCGCUGGUCCUGUGGCGGCAGCAGCCCCCCAGGCAGGGCCCGCUGGCCGCCGAGCUGGAGCGGGACAAGGAGGCGCUGGCCGAGGAGGUGCUGAAGCUCCGCUCCCUGCUCAGCACCAAGCGGGAGCAGAUCGCCACGCUGCGCACCGUGCUCAAGGCCAACAAGCAGACGGCAGAGGCAGCGCUCUCCAACCUGAAGGGGCAGUACGAGGGGGAGAAGGCCCUGGUGUCCGACACCAUGCUCAAGCUACGCCGUGAGCUGAAGGCCCUGAAGGAGGACGCCACCACCUUCUCCUCCCUGCGCGCCAUGUUUGCCAGCAGGUGUGACCAGUACGUGUCCCAGCUGGACGAGAUGCAGCGGCAGCUGGCGGUGGCGGAGGACGAGAAGAAGACGCUGAGCUCCCUGCUGCGCAUGGCCAUCCAGCAGAAGCUGGCGCUCACCCAGCGCCUGGAGAGCCCGGCCCGCGGCACCAGGGCCAGACCCCGCAGCACCAGGAGCACCGCGCACUGACACCGUGGGUGCGGCCUUGCAGAGAAACCCGUGGGAUCGGCGCCAAGCAGA